ACCGCGCGCUCGCCAGUCUCGGCCCACGAGCGCCUAGCCGCAGCUGGCCGAAGCCCACACGGGCGCAGGCGCGCAGCCUCCUCCCUUCCUUCUCCUGUUCUCCCCGCCGCCUUGCCGCGCAACCGCGGCCCUCCGUUGGCUGGUCCCUCCCGCCGGUCGCUACCGCAACUAGGGGAGACCCACCGGCCGCCGCUGAUCAUCACCCUCACACCCUGUUGGUCUACCGCCGCCCGUCGGCUGGUCCCUCCCGCCGGUCGCUGCCGCAGCCCGCAGCUAGGAGAGACCCACUGGCAGUCGCUAUCAUCACCCUAUCGGGGUCUACGGCCGUUCCUUACGUUGCUGUGCUUCCGCUUGCCGUACGAUAGUCGUGACCCCGGUGUGCUGCCUCCUUGCCGAGCCCCUUGCUAGGCGUCUGGUCUGGUCUCCUGCGUGCAGAAUAGAACUGAAGAGUCUUCUUGGUCUUGCAAUUGGAGAUGUCAGAAACACUUGAGAAAGACAAGAAACUUGGUCAGGAGGAAGAGGAAGUGGAAGAGGAAGAGUAUGUAUUGCUGGAGUUGGGCGAUUGUCUUUACUCAGACUUAUCACCAGGUGCUCCGUUUGUACUCUCUGGAUUGGAUACACUAACGCCUACCUUGAUAGUAGGCAAUGGUCUGAAGAUGAUUGGAGAAUAUGAAGAAACUGUUGGCACAUGUUAUCUAUUCUCUGAAAGUGAAGCUCAACCAAAACCUGCUAGUAAUGAGACGCGGCCUUCUGAAGAAAAUACAGAUAAACCAACCAGCUGCAGUAAGGAAGCUCUGUCAAAGGAGGUGAAUCAUCUUGCAAGCGUUCAAAAGAUCCUCAAAUUCCGGCCAGUCAACGCAGAGCGUCCUCAGCAUUUAGCGUAUCAGCACAAGGACAAGGAAAUCUGAAUAAAAAACCUUUAAUUUAUCUGCCAUUUUGUUCUUCGAUGGCUUCAGUGUACAGUGAGGCAAGUCAGUCAGUUGACCCCUCCAAACUUUUGCUUAGUUCUUGUACUGGAUAAGUGGAUAGCGGCCCCUUGCUUGAUAGAAUCACACUGUUAUAUUGGUUUGUUGGUCUUGUUGUUUCUCUCUAA